UAUACUGUAUACACAGGUCCAGAAAUCAACAAUAAACAAGAUUUUGAAUAGAAUAACUUUAUUUUUCCCUUGAGGGAACUUCUUGCCUGGUGAAAAAAAAAAAAAGGAACUUGUGUAUUUGUCUAAUUGUACUUGAGCAAAUCUGCCCCACAUUUUACCAAACAAUUUCAGCUCCCUCUAGUGGGUCUUAACAAAGCCAUUUAAUAAUUUUGUCAGUGUUCAUUCAAUGUCAGUAUAGCCCAUGAUUUUAGUUUUUUUAAGAAAUGUCCUCCCAUAAUAGAUCCAUAGACAGUGUGUGAAAACGAGUGUAUCUGUAGAAGGGAAACAACUUGGUUCUGGGGCUUGAACCAAUAAAUCCAUAGUUAUACCAAGUGCACUAAUGGGAUAAUACACUUAUAACUAUUUCACUUUUUAGGUGGUAUGCUGAAAAUGCCAACACAAAACGGGUCUUGCUUCCAACAAGGCCAGAGUGACUGUGAUGACACUCAUGUUGCACUUUCCACCAAAUUAUGGGGAACAGCUGGGAAUGCAGAGGCCAGUAACUGUACACUGUGAAACUCAAUUAGGCCAUUUAGCUAUUCCUUUAUAUCCUGAACUAAACAAUUACAACGUUGGUCAUUGGAUAACACAUAUAACACAGUAAUAUAGGGCACAGAACGCUAAUGAAAACAAAACUGUUUUAUAAAAUAUUUGUCAAUUUAGAAAAAUGGUGUUUCCUUCCCAUGGGUAUCAGUUCCAUUGAAUGGUCAUUUUGGACAAAAUGUGUUCCAACAUUUGGCCAGCCUCAGAAAAAAACUACAUUGAAAUUGACAUAGAUAUAGAAAUUGAAUGGUAAGGGUUUAUAAUCGAAACAAAGUAAAACUUACGAAAUAGAAGUCUUCAAAGCAGGGCAAAUAACUGACAUAGAUGGCCUUCACUCACAGCUCGUCAAUUUCGUCCUCUCUGGCUAGUUUAGUUUAAAGCUACAAUUGGCUGGUGUUACUGUUAUGCAGAUCUCCAUAAGGGUGGUAGCUAGAACUGACAUAAUAUUGCUAGCUGACUUGCUGGGAUAGCUAUUAACGUUACCUUAUGCCGUAUUCUUAUUUUUUCUGAUAAUAACUAAAUUGUAGUUUAUAAACUGUUUUCGACAUAACGUUGUCUUUAUUAACGAGGUUGAUAGCGUUGUGGGAGCUUGACAAGUUGUGCCUGCUUUUGAAAACUUAGCCUGUUAGCUAGUUUAGCUAGCCGGGGAUGGGCACUGGGGAUCAGACUUGGAGAGCUGACCAGCUGGCUUGCUAGCCACUUACUACCAGUCAGCUAGCUAAUGUUAUUGGUCACGUUUACUAGCUAACGGUACUGCAACAAUGCAGGUUAACUAGAUAGCUAUAAUCGCUAGCUAACUGUUAAUGCUAGAUAAAUCGUUUCAGGUAAACUGGUGUAGCAACAUGGAAUCGAUAGCUAGUUAGCCUGACGACAAGAACAAAACAUUUUAGCUUAACGUUAGUCCUCGCUACUGUAGUUUUUUUUGUUUCGUGAAGGGGAAGAAUGGAGAGGGAUACUAUUUUGAGAUACAUUGAUAAAUGAAUUUUCAUCUGGCAAAGAUUGAGUUACAAGAAUUGGAUCGGACCUGGUGUUGACAAGCAAGCUGUAAACUCGCCCUACUAGCUAGCUAAGUGGGCUAACGGUAGCUGACUGGCGUCAACAACCGAGCAGCUGAUUGCGGAUGGCCGGUGUCUCUGUAUUGGACAUGGAGAUGCCUUCAUGCCCUCCGGUCCCUGUGCACCAGAACGGAACUGCUCACCGGGAGCCUCGGGGGUCCAGGCCAGCCGCUGCUCCGGUGCUGCGGGUCCACCUCUACCACAGCAGCCUGGCUGGGGUAGACUCCACCCCCCUCAGCUACCCACCGGGGGACUACGUAGUCGAGCAACUGUGUGUCAAUGCAGCGAAGGAGUGCAGUGUGUCGCCUCUGUACUGCAGCCUGUUUGGGCUCUUCAGAGAGAGAGACGGCAUGUGGUUCUCCCCGAACCAUGUCUUCCAGCUAGAUGAAUAUGCCAAUGAGGACAUGGUCUUCAGAAUAAGGUACUAUUUCCCUGGCUGGUACAGCAGUGGGGCUACGAGGGCAUAUCGGUAUGGAGUCACCAAGGGCUCCGAGAGUCCUGUCCUCGAUGACUUUGUCAUGGCAUACCUCUUUGCCCAGUGGAGGAGUGACUUUGUGAAUGGCUGGGUGAAGAUCGCCAACACACAUGAGACUCAGGAGGAGUGCCUUGGCAUGGCUGUAUUGGACAUGAUGAGGAUAGCCAAGGAAAGACAAAUGUCUCCGCUGGAUAUCUACAAUUCCAUAAGCUACAAGUCCUUCUUGCCCAAGGACAUGAGGGCUCACAUCCAGGACUGCAACUUCGUGACCAGGAAGAGGAUCCGCUACCGCUUCAAGAAGUUCAUCCAGCAGUUCAGCCAGUGCCGGGCUACGGCACGCGAUCUGAAGCUCAAAUACCUCAUCAACAUGGAGUCUCUCGAGCAGGCCUUCUACACCGAACGCUUCCAGGUCAGGGAAUCCUCGGCAGGGCAGGUCACCAUCAUCGUGACGGCUGAUCAUGGCAUCCAGUGGUGCAGAGACGGGCACAAAGACUCUGAGCAGGACUUGCAGACCUACUGUGAUUUCCCAGACGUUACUGACAUCAGUAUUAAACAGGCCAAUAAGGAGGGCUCGAUGGAGAGUCGAGUGGUUACCAUCAAUAAACAAGACGGCAAGACUCUGGAACUGGAGUUCAAUUGCCUCUCUGAAGCUCUGUCCUUUAUAUCGCUGAUUGAUGGCUACUAUCGUUUGACGACAGAUGCACACCACUACCUCUGUAAAGAAGUGGCACCUCCUGCACUGGUGGAGGCCAUUACAAGCCACUGUCAUGGUCCCAUUUCAAUGGAUUUUGCAAUUAAUAGACUACAAAAAUCUGGGAACAAGCGGGGUCUGUACAUCCUGCGAUGCAGCCCUAAGGACUUUAACAAAUACUUUUUGACUUUCACCGUGGGGGUAUACGAUGGCAUUGAGUACAAGCACUGCCAGAUCACUAAGGCUGCUAAUGGAGAGUUCAAUCUAAGUGGAACCAAAAGGAACUUCAGCAACCUCCAGGAAUUGCUGAGCUGCUAUCAGAAGGAGACUGUGCGCUCUGAUGGCAUCAUUUUCCAGUUCAGCAAGUGUUGCCCACCCAAAUCCAAAGACAAGUCCAGUUUACUGGUAUCCAGGAGUAACAAGGGCUCAGACGUGCCGCUCUCUCCCUCCCUACAGAGACGCAACAUCAACCAAAUGGUGUUCCACAAGAUCAGGAAAGAGGACCUGGAAUAUACUGAGAGUCAAGGCCAAGGGACAUUCACAAAGAUCUUCAAAGGGGUCCGCAAGGAGCUGGGAGACUACGGGGAGAUGCACCAAACAGACGUCAUCAUGAAAGUCCUGGACAAGGCCCACAGGAACUACUCGGAGUCUUUCUUUGAGGCGGCCAGCAUGAUGAGCCAGCUAUCCCAUAAGCACCUGGUGCUGAACUACGGCGUGUGUGUGUGCGGGGAGGAGAAUAUCAUGGUGCAGGAGUAUGUGAAGUUUGGCUCCCUGGACACAUACCUGAAAAAGAACAAAAACUCAGUCAACAUCUUGUGGAAGCUUGAAGUGGCCAAGCAGCUUGCCUGGGCCAUGCACUUCCUGGAGGAAAAGAACCUUGCUCAUGGGAACGUCUGUGCCAAGAACGUCCUGCUGAUCCGGGAAGAGGACCGGAAAACUGGGAAUCCACCCUUCAUCAAGCUGAGUGACCCUGGUGUCAGUAUCACUGUCCUGCCCAAAGAUAUUUUGGUUGAGCGAAUCCCCUGGGUGCCUCCUGAAUGUAUUGAGGAUUCUACCAACCUGAGCCUUGCAGCAGACAAGUGGAGCUUUGGCACAACGCUGUGGGAGAUCUGCAGUGGAGGGGAGAAACCACUGGUGACACUGGACAACUCUAAGAAAAACCUAUUUUACGAGGACCGCCACCAGCUGCCUGCUCCUAAGUGGACUGAGCUUGCUAACCUGAUCACCAGCUGCAUGGACUAUGAGCCCACGUUCAGACCCUCUUUCAGGGUCAUCAUCAGGGACCUCAACAGCCUGUUCACACCUGAAUAUGAGCUGAUUGUGGAGAGUGACCUCCUGCCAAACAGAACAUCAGCGUCACCGUGGGUCACUGGGGCGUUUGAGAACCAGGAGCCAGUCCAGUUUGAGGAAAGACACCUCAUCUUCCUACAGCAGUUAGGCAAGGGUAACUUUGGCAGUGUGGAGAUGUGCCGGUACGACCCACUCCAGGACAACACGGGGGAGGUCGUGGCUGUGAAGAAGCUUCAGCACAGCACGGAAGAGCACAUGCGGGACUUUGAGCGGGAGAUCGAGAUCCUCAAGUCUCUUCAGCAUGAGAAUAUCGUCAAAUACAAAGGAGUGUGUUACAGCGCAGGCCGGAGAAACCUGCGACUGAUCAUGGAAUACCUGCCCUAUGGGAGUCUGAGAGAUUACCUCAUCAAGAACAAGCCGAGAAUAGACCACAUGAAACUGGUGCAUUAUACCGCUCAGAUAUGUAAGGGUAUGGAGUACCUGGCAACCAAGCGCUACAUCCACAGAGAUCUGGCAACCCGGAACAUCCUGGUAGAGAGUGAGCUGAGGGUGAAGAUAGGGGACUUUGGCCUGAGCAAGGUCCUGCCCCAGGACAAGGAGUACUAUAUGGUCAAGGAGCCUGGAGAGAGCCCCAUCUUCUGGUAUGCCCCAGAGUCUCUGACGGAAAGCAAGUUCUCUGUGGCUUCUGACAUCUGGAGCUUUGGCGUAGUGCUCUAUGAACUGUUCACCCACAGCGACAAGAACUGCAGCCCUCCUGCAAUGUUCAUGGGCAUGAUGGGUAAUGACAAGAAGGGCCAGCUGAUUGUCUAUCAUCUCAUUGAGCUCCUCAAGUCAGGCAGCAGGCUGCCUCAACCUGUGGGCUGUCCCAUGGAGAUGCAUGAGAUAAUGCAGGAAUGCUGGGACAAAGACCCAUGCUUGCGGCCCUCCUUCAAGGAGCUGGCCCUGCGUGUCGACCUGUUCCGUGACAGCAAGGAGACGUAGACAAACACCCUAAGUGCCCCUCUGCUAAGAGACUGUUUUUCUGCAUUCACUUGGUUGCCGUGUGUGUGUGUGUGUGUGUGUGUGUGUGUGUGUGUGUGUGUGUGUGUGUGUGUGUGUGUGUGUGUGUGUGUGUGUGUGUGUGUGUGUGUGUGUGUGACCGCCCCCCCGGCCCUGUCGUUUUGCAGUGUGGCAAUAGAUUGGACUGAGAACAAGAUCUUCUACCAGGACACUAUAGAGACACUUGUAUCAAACAAGGUCUCAUUUUUCUUGAGUGUGUGUUUUUUUUUCUUCUUCUCCAGCCCUUUGUUUUCUAAGCUAGCAGGGCUAGCCUUCACCUUUCUGUCCCCCCAUCUGAAAAAUGAAAGUAUGCUGGACUGAUGGAACGGAAUGUUUCUUCUUUUGAUUUGUGUCGUUUUAUGUAUGUAUAUACAUAUAUUGGUGUACAUAUGUCAAGAGGAUUUUAUAAUUUUAUAAAAUGAAAUGAAUACACUGCAGUCUGUAUUUGAAAUGUUAGACAAGAAGUCAGUGUAAAUGAAGUACAUUUAGAGAUUUAAAAAUCCAUUGAUUUAAAAUUCCAUUGUGAAGCAGGUGUUGUAAGAUUAAAAUAUAUAUCAAUGCCAUAUGAAAAA